AUGCAAUCCUUAAUUCUCCCUCCUGCCCCCUUUGUCACGACGCCCCAGUUCGGACUGCCCAGGUUUAAUUCGAGCCCGGAGAGGUUCCCGUUGGAUCGAUCUUGUUCAACUCAUGCUCGAGGGUACAGCCCUCGGGCCCUUCCACUCCCUCGACCUAUGUCCGACUCGGUUGGUGGUGACGAUCCCUUGGAUAUCUCGGGCCAUGCAAGACGUUGGGGACAUCCAGAGCUUCCUCAGCCGUUGAAUACGACCACGGGUGUGUCGAGUGCUAUUGGCGCUCCGACGUCGUCCAUGGCUGCGUCGACUCAGGAGCAUGCCCAGCCACCGCUUGCUUAUCAUGAUCCGCCAGCCCCAAGAUGGUCGCCGUCGUUUGGCCCGCAAGACGUUUCGCAGCCUGAAAUGUCGUAUCCGCCUGUCAUCCCGACUACUACGUCCCCUGGAUCAGCGUCGAGAAAUCUGACCCAGAAGCCGACCCGGCGUACAAAGGCUCAUGUGGCGUCUGCGUGUGUCAAUUGCAAGAAGAAGCAUCUGGGUUGUGAUUCCGCACGGCCGUGUCGACGGUGUGUUCUGUCUGGCAAAUCCUCGACAUGCGUUGAUGUUACGCACAAGAAACGAGGAAGGCCGCCGCUCAAGGCAGAGGAGGCUUCUCUGAGACCGUAUAGCACGCGGUUCGACCAUACAGCGUCAGGAGACCAGGCUUCGCAGGCCCGGCGUACCCUACACAGAACCACUGGUUCUCGCGAGAUCCGACCCCUGACGGACUUGCAAAUGCCUGCGCAUCCAGGAUCAAUGGGACUGCCGCCGCAGAGAUGGUCUACCUCGAUGUUCACCCCUCAAGCGGUCGACCCUGCGUUGGCGAUGCCAGGAAACCCAGGACACAGGAGGUUCUCUUCAGCGGGAUCGAUCCAGCCGCUGGGAGGAGCAGCUCCUCCGCCACCAGGAUACGUCCCCAUGGCCGGACCCCUUAGCCCCGUUUUCGGAGGAAGCCGUAUGGCCCCAGUCAUGGGAAGACCACCAUCAUCCUACGCGAACCAGCCCUUCCAACCGCAAACCACCUCCCCGCCGACGUACCAACCCGUCUACGGUGGCUCGCCAUACAUGAGUCGCCAGCCUAUGGGCGAAUCGCCCCUCUCGCGGGACCCCCAAGACACCUACCUCGAGUCCCCAGUGCAACCCCCCCCAGGCCAAAGCCACCGAUUGAGCGACCCCUUCCCACCGUCCUGGUCCCCGCGCACCCGCGAGGAACUCCCUCCCCCAAUGGUCCAACACCAACACCACCCGAGUCUCAUGGACCCCAUCUCGCCUCAAACGCAGACCCACCACUACCACCCUGCUCCUACCGACUUCAACUUCCCUCAGAAGCAGACCCUCCCGCGACCGCCAGAGUCCGUUACCCCCGCGCACCGGCACUCAGUCCACUUGCCUUCGUCCAGCACACAUGCACAUGUACAUGCACAAGCAAGGGAUGAAUCGCAGUCCGGGGCGGAGGGCGAAAGUGGCGAUGGAAGGCCCACCAAGCGUCGAAAGAUGGCCUUGGAUGAUAUGGUUAAUGAUUAA